AUGAAGUCCUACACUAGCCUUCUGCUAAGCUUAGGAGCUUUGGCAGCGGCCGCUCCUCAACUCACCCUCACUCCUCUGAGCGGCCCUGUUCCUCCUGUGCGCAGUUCAGAAGUGACUGGUCCGACCUCUCACGGUCCUUAUUCGGGCACACCCACCGUGACUGGAGCUCUGACUGCUCCUGCGGUCGCGCAAUCUAUUGCUCCUGGACCUCCGACCCCGGUCACGUACAGCAACGACAACGGUCUCCUCCAAGCCGGCUAUCAACCCGUCCCAUACCAACCAGCAGGUGGUGCUGGGACAAAUGGUAGUCUGCCGUACUACCACCCCUUGUCCGACUUCGACUAUGAGUCGCUCGCGUUGGCACUGUACCAAGAAUGGAUCGAGCUCGAUCUCUUCCAUAAUGGUCUCGCACGCUUUCCGGUCUCGGAAUGGGAGGCUGCCGGUCUCACUGCCGAGGAUCGAUUCCUGAUCGAGUUCAUGGCAGACCAAGAAGUCGGCCACGCAACCUUGCUGAGCAACAUCCUGGGAGCAGCGGCGCCUGCGCAAUGCACCUACAACUAUCCCUUCGAGACGGUACGCGAAUUCCUCGACUUUUGCCAGAAACUCACUCGAUUCGGCGAAUCCGGCGUCUUCGGUUUCCUCGGCCACCUUGACUCCCGCGAGUCCGCGACGUUGCUGCUGCAAUCCAUCUCCACCGAAUCCCGCCAGCAAUUCUCCUUUCGCCAAAUGACCGGACUGUUCCCCAUGCCCGUUUGGUUCGAAGUCGGCGUGCCCCAGAGCUGGGCCUGGACCUUGCUGGCCCCCUACAUCUCCAGCUGCCCGGCCAACAACACCCGACUGGCGUGGCAAAACUUCCCGGCCCUCAGCGUCCUCAACCAGCCCAACAGCUUCAAGAUCAACCCCAACCUCGGGGCGCCCUCCAACACCACCGGCGCCGACCCGAGCAACGACACCGGUAUCGCGCGCAGCAACGCGUGCUACAGCACCAACGACACCGCCAGAGACUGCGGUCCGGCUCUCAGCCAGAACCGCUCCAUCCCGCUCUCGUACCCCGGUCGUCCAGUGCACUUUUCGUGGGGCAACGUCAAUGAAACCGUCGGUCCAAACAACAGCUACGUCACCUCGCGAUCGCCUCUGGCCGAUGCGCCGCGGUACGCCAUGUUCGUGUCUCAACUCAACGCGACCUACGUGCCCCUCACCAACAUCAGCGACAACACCGCCUCGUGCGUACAGCCCAACAUGAGCACUUUCGCAGGCGACCCGGCCGUCAACGGGACCAUGUUUAUCGCGUUGACUUCGCAGAACCCAUAUCUGACUCCGUUCAACCUGUCCAUGGUCAAUCCUUACGUCUGUACGUAA